CGACGACAGGUUGACAUGCCUCUUAAGAGAGAAGAUACAGAUCGGGCUCUGCAGGCGAUGGAGGCGUGUCAGUCAGCGUCUGAUGAAGGGUUCAGGUGUCGUGCUGAGAGACUUUUAACCAUCUUUCAGAGCGACCUCUUUCAGGCUUUACUGGAUAUUCAGGAGUUUUAUGAGCUGACUGUGUUUGAGAAUCAAUCAUUAGGCAAAACACAUGGACUGAAAUAUCGUUACCACGAUGAAGAGACGCCACCCGUACAGCAAAGCCCUGGACAUCUGACCGCAGGAAAAAACGCUGAAUUGUUGCACCUCAGUGAUGCUGGACACACCCCCAUAGACGGUAUCCAUGGUUACACACCCCAGAUGCAUAUAUCACCUGCCAAGCCAGUGUUGCUUCCGAGUGGCCACGCCCCUUACUACGCCACAUCUACUCUGAUGAACGGUAUGGAUGGAGAUGUUGAAUAUGAGGAAAUCACCUUGGAGAGGGGUAGUUCUGGUCUGGGCUUUAGUAUAGCUGGUGGGACUGAUAACCCUCAUGUUGGGGAUGAUCCCAGUAUCUUCAUUACUAAGAUCAUACCAGGAGGAGCAGCAGCCCAGGAUGGGCGAUUGCGAGUCACCGACCGCAUUCUGUUUGUAAAUGAUGUCGACGUAAGAGAAGUCACUCACAGUUUUGCGGUGGACGCCCUGAAGGAGGCGGGGCCUAUUGUACGACUCUACGUACUACGACACAAACCGUCUGUUGAAAAAAUCAUGGAUAUUAAACUCAUCAAAGGCCCUAAAGGUUUGGGCUUCAGUAUUGCAGGUGGAGUGGGUAACCAGCACGUCCCGGGAGAUAACACCAUCUAUGUCACAAAGAUUAUCGAAGGCGGAGCUGCACAUAAAGAUGGACGAUUGCAGAUAGGAGACAAAAUUAUUGCUGUGAAUAAUAUGUAUUUAGAGGACGUAAUGCAUGAAGAUGCUGUCGCUGCUCUGAAAAACACCGGAGAGAUUGUUUAUCUGAGAGUCGCCAAACCUCUCCAGCAUCAUCAGGACGCCUACAAUCCACCUGAUAUCACCAGCUCAUAUUCUCCUCAUAUGGAUAUGUCUGAUUACCCACAAGGCCUCAGUCCCUCAUCUCCACGGCGUUAUUCUCCCAUCUCUAGAGCUCUGAUGAUGGGGGAUGACGACAUCUCCAGGGAACCGAGACGCGUCAUCGUUCUCAGGGGUUCCACCGGUCUGGGCUUCAAUAUUGUGGGAGGUGAGGAUGGUGAGGGAAUCUUCAUCUCCUUCAUUUUAACUGGAGGAGCAGCAGAUCUGAGUGGAGAGCUGAAGAAAGGAGAUCAGAUCCUAAGCGUGAAUGGUGUGGAUUUACGACAUGCGACACAUGAGCAGGCUGCAGCAGCGCUGAAGAACGCAGGGCAGACUGUCACCAUCAUUGCACAGUACAGACCUGAGGAGUACAGCAGAUUUGAAGCAAAGAUUCAUGAUCUGCGUGAGCAGCUGAUGAACAGCAGUUUGGUGUCGGCGACGACAUCAUUACGGGGUGGCAAGAGAAGCUUUUUCAUUAGGGCUCUGUUUGACUAUGAUAAAACCGCAGACUGUGGAUUCCUGUCUCAGGCUUUGAGCUUCAGGUUUGGUGAUGUUCUUCAGGUGUUUGACUGCAGUGAGGAGGAGUGGUGGCAGGCUGGAAAACUCUCUCCACAUGGAGAAAUGGAGGAGACUGGAUACAUUCCCAGCAAAAAGAGAGUCGAAAGGAAAGAGUGGGCACGUCUGAAGAGUAGAGACCCCACUGGACGCAGUGAAUACAUUGUGAGCUAUGAGGCAGUGACACAAACUGAAGUGCAUUACGCGCGUCCAGUCAUUAUUCUUGGGCCGAGCAAGGAUCGCAUCAAUGAUGAUCUCCUCUCUGAAUUUCCCGACAAGUUUGGUUCUUGUGUACCGCAUACGACUCGGCCGAAGCGGGAUUAUGAGGUGGAUAGUCGGGAUUAUCACUUUGUGUUAUCACGCGAACAGAUGGAAAAAGACAUUCAGAGUCAUCGAUUCAUAGAGGCUGGCCAAUAUAACAGUCAUCUGUAUGGAACAAGUGUUCAAAGUGUGAGACAGGUCGCAGAACAGCAUGGUAAACACUGUAUCCUGGAUGUUUCUGCUAAUGCUGUGAGACGCUUACAGGCUGCCCAACUUCAUCCUAUUGCUAUCUUCAUAAGACCCUCCUCCCUACAGAACAUACUAGAUAUAAACAAGCGUCUGACAGAAGAGCAGGCACGGCGAGCUUUAGAUCGAGCUGUUAAAUUGGAGCAAGACUUCAUUGAGUGCUUUACAGCAAUUGUGGAAGGUGACAGCUUUGAAGAGGUUUACCAUCGUGUAAAGAUGGUGAUUGAGGAAUAUUCUGGGCCGUAUAUCUGGAUACCAGCAAGAGAGAGACUGUAAACACACAAACACACACACACACACACACAUAUGAAGACCUCUAUCAGGUGCACAGGACUUGUUGUGUGUUGUUCUGUAUGUUUGUGUGUAAAGGCUAAAACACCUGGGACCUGAUCAACAAACACUAACACACUGACUGUUUGGAGCUGUGUGUGUGUGUGUGUUUAUGUGUGUGUUUGUUUGUGUGGUGACACAUGAACUGAUGAUGAUGAUGAUGAUGAUGAUGGUGGUUUAUGUGGAUUGUGCAGCACAAUGUCUGAGGCAAUAUAGAUCUGACACAUGAGCACUACGCACUUUUCCAACACACACUCACACUGAUCACACACACACACACACACACACACACACACACACACACACACACACACACACACACACUGUGUCCUAACUACAGGCAAUUCUGUGUCACACUAUAAAAGGUAUUUUUUCUAUGUUAAUCAGAGUUGUUGUUCUAACUAGCUGUGACGUGAUGUCAUGACGAGUUAUUUUUUAUUUUUACAAAGUUGUGGCUGACGGCUCCACCUAUACAGAGAUCUUAUUUAAUGACUUGUUCUGAUUGGCCGUGUAUUGUGAGUGAUUGGGUUGUGGCACGCCCCUUUUUUGUGUUCAGUAUGGACAGAAAAAUUGCCUAUUGAUCUCUGGAAUAAUAUUGCGUCGUGUGUAGUUAGGGCACAAUGUAUCUGACACACACAAACAAACAAACAAAAAAACACUGAGACGCACUGUGACGUGUGCUUGUGUGUCUCAUUGUGACAUAUCUCUAUAGGGCUACUGUUUACAUAUAAAACUCUUUAAUCUGCACAGGAAGAGAGACGCGUGUGUGUGCGUGCGUGCGUGUGUGCGUGAGAGAGAGUUGUAGUGUUAAAUAUUAAUAAUAUUAUUGUAUAUUAAUAAUCUACAGUUGUACAGACCACCUCUGAUGAUAUGAACCAAUGGGGCUUUAAACACAUGAACACACACGAUCAUUCCUCGGAGCCAAAUUUACCCACAAACCUCAGUCUUAUUCUCACCAUACAAACACAUGAGACAACAAAUGACACACACACAGACACACACAGUCAUUAAUACUGUUAGCUACUGUACUCACAAUUACACACUUACUCUACCCAUAAUGCACUGCUCUUAAUACAUUCAACCAAAGGGUUUUUCUGUUUUCAUUCAGUUUCUUGAAUCAUGUUUUACACUUUUACAGAUUCAUUUCAAACAUUUCUCCUGCAAGGGCACAGGCGCUCUGUAUAAUGUGAAAUAAAUGAAUACAUACAAUAUAUUUCCUGUUGUAAACUAGCUCUUAAAUACUCAGAUGAUCAAUUCAUUAAAAUCUUUUAAUAACUGCACAA